GGUACACAUCCUUAGCAACUGUUUAUCGCGCCUGUGACGACAAUUUGAUUGCAGGUGUCUUUUCCGUCUAACAGUGAUCGAUUGAUAGACGCAUUGAGUUGUGAAAGAGAAAAGAAUCAAAGACGGCGUUAGGAAUUAUAUGUGAGAGAAAUUGACGUUUACUUAAGGACGUGAUAGUCAACACUAAAGAUACACAAUGACAACAAUUGCUUUUGGAGGAGGGCCCACUUUACAACAGAGACGUGGAUUCACAUCUCUCAGGGACGGGACACAUGUCCCAGGGUACCGAGGAUACUGUCCGCAGAUCAAAUACCGAGUCGGAAAGACGUAUGGCACAGAUACACAUGAGCUUGCACAGACCCGUAUCCACGUACAUCCGACCCAGUCUGUGACACCAGGGGAGGGUGAGCCGCUGGUUCAACUCAGAAACACACUGCCAAAGCCCACCGGCGACAACAAGUACACAGAAUCCAUGGUGCCAGGAUACACAGGCUAUAUUCCACGAAUGACCUUCCGUUUUGGUGGCACCUACAAGACAGACUGUGACCUCAGUAUAGACGAGUACAUGACAAACAGGACCACUCAUGACCUCCGUCAGGGUGACUUGAGACGCUCCGUUACCAUGGUUCCACGUCUGACGGCCACAUCACAUGACCCACAGGUUCGAGACCAGUUGGACAGAUACCGGGACACUCACCCCACCAGGCCUAUGCUCAUGGAGGACCGCAGACCUCUCACUGAGCCACCGUUGCCAGGUUACAACGGCUACAUUCCACGUGUGAAGCCCACAGAGUUGGGACUCGGGCAUCGGUACCAUGUGGCAUGUGACAAUGGAUUCAAUGCGUUUGUGCAGGAGACAGCUCGUCACUCUAUGAACACGACCGGGGUCUUGCCUAAAGCAUUAGAACGGUUGCCAAGGGAACAGUUGCAGAGCGCCCCAGCAGCAUUUAACAGACGCCUUUACCAGAAAGAUGGAAUGGUGCCGAAAUACACAGGAUACAUCCCUCACCGCAGGUUUGUUUUUGGCAACACGUAUGGAGACACUACUCGAAGCCUGUCAAUAUGUUCCCAUGACGCACAGUCCUACGCAGAUCACGUUGCUCAAAAGUACGCAGUCAACUAGGUCACCUGUUUCUAUUUAUAGAACAUUACGCCGAAUGCAUUACGCCAACAUGGAAAUGAGCUCAUGUAGUAACUAACUCCUCUGUACGAUUCCCAUGGUAGUGUUUUUUAUUUCAUUAGGGCCUUUAUUCACUAAUGUCUAUAAGGAAAUCUGUACUUUAUUAGUACUUACGUGAACAUUUAUAGCAAUGUUUCUAUGUGAAAUGUAUUAAUGCAUGGUUAUAGCAAGAAUCACUUUAUAUCUAAGCAAUAUUGAGAAGUCGUGUACCACAUAAUCACAGGGCUUUCUCUGACAUUUGCCAAACGAACCAAUAGCUACAAAUAAAAUAUCCAAACAUAAUAAGAAUUAAGACAUAAAAAAGUAAAUUUGGCUAAAGGAAAUUUUGAGCAGAAGGAGCCCUAAAUCGCAGGAAAGCUAAAAACUUAGACAAAUUUAAAAAAAUAAUGGAAUUUUAAGAUUUCUUUCAGAUGAUAUCUGAAUAGGGGCCCUGGUAAAAGCCAUGGUGGUUCAUAGGCCCCAAUUGUGUACCUUAAGCCUGUUUUGAUUCAUUUGAUUGACAUAUUGUUUUUAUCUAUCAUACGUCAUUGUUUCCAUGUAAGAAUUAGAAAUAAACUACGCUAUUCAUACACUUUCAUUUUUUAUUUAUUUUUUUAUUUCUUGGAAAUGUAUAAAUCAGCCAUUUAAUAUUGGCUUUAACAUAUCUCCUUUUGACAAAAUGAUGUAAAUUGUCAGUGAUUUUCAUUCAUCUAGGCAAUGUUUAAUGUUUUUGAAUGUGAAUAAUUAUGCAAGAUUUUAGCAUGUUCAUACAAUCAACCUUUUAAAUAUGUAUGUAUUUAAGAUAUUAUGAUUUCUCAGUAUCAAAAUUAAAAUUGAUUGAUUUUCUUCAUAACACAAGUUUACAACAUGGUUUUGAAACUCAUUUAUUUCUAAUUAGAGUGUCAUUGUCCAGGAAUACAACAAAGUGUGUCACUAUUCUUUUGUAGAUUUAUCAAUACCUUGUAUUAACUUUUGUAACCUCAACUUUUUGGGUAUUGGUUUGAAUUUUAAAAAAUUACAGUGCACCAUGGGUACAGAAGACGAUUGGUUGUAUGUUAAAUUACAAACAGAUAUGUUAAAUAAUGUGACUAUGCAUAAUAGUCAGGAACUUGUUGUAACUUAAUAAUGACUUUUUGGCAUUGGUUAAUAAUCAAUGAAUGGUACAAUAAAUAUCGGGUCAAGUGGUAAAGAAUGUUACCCUUUCCCACUCAGAAGCUUAGAUAAGUGAACAUGGCUAUGUGCAAACAGCAUAAAACCAGAACAGCCUGCGAGUAACUCACAUUAUGUUCAGGUUUUAUGCCGUUUGCUGCUCAUCAGUAUCUAAGGGUUGGAAAUGAAACCUUUAAAACUUGAAUCUAGUAAGAACGGUCUUUAAUUAAAUUUAACUUUCUAAGGGACUACAAACAAGUUCAAAUACGUAUCUAAGUGGUAACGGGUUACGAGUUUGCUUGAUGAACCUAGCCAGUGGCUGUACACUGCACUCAUUUAUAUUUUUGGUACAUGGUAUAAUGUGCUAAAGCAGAAUUAAUGAAUUCGGAACAAUGCCCAUUAUUUGCUCAAUAUUCAUUUUUUUCCUAUUUCUCUGUUAAAUAUACAUAAAUAAAGAUGGAACUUCAAAAUAAAUCAUAACUUAAAGUACAUGAAUAUUUACUUGCCUAUAACAUGUAUCUGGUAUAUGUCCACGUGUAUAAGAACGUUUCAGUAAAGGUCAUCAUCCAUUGUUAUUUUAAUUUAAGGUGAUAAAUUUCUAAAGAAUUGAUAUCAAUGAACAUAUCUUGCAUCAAUUUGUACCUUUUAAAGUAAAUACUUCGGUUUUACCUAAUGUACAUAAUGGAUAGAUAAUUUCUGCUGUGUAUAAUUUUAUAGCAUGAUUAAUAAUAUAAGACUGUGAUAAUUUAUUAGCAUAAUACAAAUAGCCUACAUUUUAUUUUGGAUUGUUUCUGUGACUCUGCAUUUCUUGGUGUACCUUUGUGAAAUAUCCAUAUGUUUCAAAUAUCCUAUUGUUAGAAAUGCAAAAUUCCUAAGUACAUAUGACCCCAUAUCUUGCGAAAAUGGUCUUUAAGACAUAUCAAAAUAGUGUAUCAGUAGCUCCGGAGUAUCUGUAUGGUGUAUACUCUGGUGAGGAGUCAUAAUGUCUGCUAACGGGGCCAGGAAACUUUGUGUGACUUUAUAGCGGUCAGGGUAGAUCCUGAUCAGACUGCAUGAAGCUACAGGCUGGUCUGGAGCUACGCUGGCCCCAUAUGGAAUAAGACCCAGUUUUGCACAAUGCGACUCAUAUGUGACUAUUCACUAAAUCACCACAAUUAUUUAAGAGGAGGUAAGUGAUUUUCUUUCCUGGGCACAUAUGUAGCUGAUCAAUAAUUAUUGAUUUAAACUUUAUAAAGUUAUUCUUAUACAAUUUGUAGAGCUAGUUUUUCCAUCUGUGAUAUUUCUUUAUAGGAUGAACAUGUAACUCGAUUUAGUUAUUGAACACUGUUUUGUGAAAAUUGUGCUUUUUUAUUUUUAUAUUUACCAGAAGUUUUAAUUUUAACUGCUUCAGAGACUUUGCUUUUAUCUGUUGUAGUUUUCAGUUUUUAGCCGGAUUUUUUUUUGAAAAAAUCUCGGCUUAUAGAUUGAUGUUGUCGGGCAGGCGGGCGGACGGGCGGGGUGGCGGCGUGCUCGAAAAUGUUAAAGUUCUUAUUUCAUGGUAUAACUUUGGUAUGCUUGGACCUUGAGUCUUCAAACUUGACAUGAAGGUUGGCCAGGAUUAACAGAUGACCACUGGUCAUUUCAAGGUCAUUCAUUUGAAGGUGAAGGUCACUGUGACCUUCAAUAUAAAAAUGUUAAAGUUGUUAUAACUUUGGUAUGCUUGGACCUAGAGUCUUGAAACUUGACAUGAAGGUUGGCCAGAACUAGUAAGUAACCACUGGACAUUUCAAGGUCAUUCAUUUGAAGGUCAAGGUCACUGUGACCUUGAAUGUAAAAAUGUUAAAGUUGUUAUAACUUUGGUAUGCUUGGACCUAGAGUCUUGAAACUUGACAUGAAGGUUGGCCAGAACUAGUAAGUAACCACUGGACAUUUCAAGGUCAUUCAUUUGAAGGUCAAGGUCACUGUGACCUUGAAUGUAAAAAUGUUAAAGUUCUUAUUUCAUGUUAUAACUUUGGUAUGCUUGUACCUAGAGUCUUCAAACUUGAAAUAAAGAUUGGCCAGUACUAGAAGAUGACCACUGGUCAUUUCAAUGUCAUUCAUUUGAAGGUCAAGGUCACUGUGACCUUAAAUGUUAAAAUUGUUAUAACUUUGGUAUGCUUGGACAUAGAGUCUUCAAACUUGACAUGAAGGUUUGCAAGCACAUUUAUGUGUCCAAUCUAUCUGCUAGAACUGGUGUGAUAGAAACCUUUUGGAGUGAUCAUAAGGCUGUCUGGAUUUCUGUGUAGGUAUGUGAAAGCAAAACAAUAAAUAGUAUUAUUUCAUCUAAGUUUAUUUUCUUACAUUUGAUAAUGAAAUUGAUGGAAACUUCAAACAAUAUGUUACUAAUUUGCUAAUAAAAAAAUUGAGAUCAAACUUUCCUAAUUGUCAAUUCAAGUUCAUAUU